AAAUAAAAUCAAAUGGCAUCUCCAACGAUGGGCGAUACAACAAAGAAGAAAGACAAGAAUUUCAUUGAGAUUUUUAAGUUGAUGAACCUGAAAAACCCUAAACCAACAGGUCUUCCUUACAAGACAUGAACAACUGAGGAAGUCAGAGAGAAGAAUACCUAUGACCUCCAAGAGCUCUUCGAUAGUCCUCCUGUGUUGAAUGAAUAUAACAUUGGGAUAUACACUACCAAUUCAUGGGGGAAAUUGGCAAACACAGUGCUGUCUGAACACAAAAACUUAUGAAAAUAUCUAGGAAAAUCAUGAGAAAGAUGUAAAAAGAAAAACCUGAAAGUCCAAGACAAGGCAUUAGAUGUGAGCCACAAUAUUUAUAUCGAUGAGGACAAAAACAACUUCCCUUUCUUUUACAAAUAAACAGGUAAUCGAUCAAGUUGUGUUCAAAAGAUCAAAAGCUCUCAGGAAUAUAAAGCUGGGAUGUAAUACAAGAUGCUCAAGAUCUCUCUCCAGAAACACAAUCACAAGAAGACAUAGUCAAAUCAGGAUGAUAACUCCUGAGAUGAGGGACCAACUUAACCAGCUAAGGAAACAAAAUAAAGCCAAACAGUUCUCAGAAGAAAAGAGUUCAUUACUAAAUCGGUCCAACAUGGAUGCGAGGAUGUCUGUCCAAUCUUCAUCUACUCAGAAGCCUAGCUUGAAGGCAGAGGAGAGGAAUUUGUCACGAGAUCAAUAUGGAAAUCCCUUAAGGAAAUAAGCCUACGUUUAGAAACUCUACUGGCCAUGGAGAAUGGAACUUUAAUACAAUUAGAGAGAUUCCGAGCCCAAUUAAAUCUGUGAUAAAGUCUGACUCAAUGGAUACUUCCUAUAACUCAAAAGAGGUCCUGAUGCGUAAAGCCAAGAAGAAAAGUGGCAAAUUGAAAAAGCCCGUCACUAAACUUUAUCAUACUAAGGAGAAGAAUGAUGAUGCCGAGCAUAAGAUCAAUGACUUCUUAGAGAUAAAAUUUAGGAAGCAAUUACCUCCAAUUUUAGGCUACAAGGUCAAGAAGCAUACUAGAAAUAAUAUUAUUUUUAAGGGAAAUUCUGCUAGAAUUUUGAAAAAGAAAUCUAGCAAAAUUACUCAAGAACAUCACGAGCAAACUGACUUGAGAGAGAAGAUGAAAGAGUUCAAGAAACUCAGCAGUUUAUCUCCAGAACCAUAUAGAUUUAAGAGUAUUCCAACGGCAAAGGGUAAAAAUUCUAGAAAUAUGAACCCGAAGACACUGAAAGAUAUCUUGUCCACUAUGAAUAAUGAUAUACAGAAAUAAAAUAGAAGAUAUCCAGAAGAAAGAGGCAGAGAUGCCUUUAUUUAGCACCUAUAAUUUCUUCAAAACUGCUCGUGCUUUCCAAUUCAAAAAUGCUACUUCAACUGGAAAAGCUUUCCAUAGGAAGGGUCUUAAGACUUCAAGAAAGCAUAUUGAUAAGAACAUCAACAUGAUGAGGAGAACCUUCUCGCCUAGUAACAGUCCAAAAUUCCCUUAAAACCCUUCCAAAAGCACGCUAGGGCAGUCCUUCCUGCAUCCAGAGCCCUGGGAGUGUAAAUUCCUAGCCCUUAUUACCCUCCAAAAACUCUAUUAAAAAAUCUGCCUA